GCCUCAUGCUCGAAGAGCGGGUGACCUGCGUCGGCGCUGCGGCGGCCAGCCGGGCGCUCGUCGCGACAUGCGACCACUUCAACUACAGGUGGAUGUUCCACACGUCGGAGGCCUCGAUGGUGCUGGUGGUGUCCCGAGGUGCACUGCUCCGAGGGUCCGAUGCAGAGCCAUCGACAGCCAAUCCGUUUGAGCCGCAUCAAGUCCUGCCACUCCCAGCCACGGCGCAGAGCAUUGCGCUGCAUGCAAGCUCGCUUCGCGUAGCUGUGGCGUGCGUUGAUGGGCGAGCGAUGCUCUUUGGUAUUGCCCACGGAUCGUCGCCGCUGAACGACGACGAUGCGCAAUGGCAGUGCGAGGCAACGUGGCGGUGCGAGGCCGAUAUGCAAGCGCCUCUGCAGUGGUGCGAGACGAAUGACGAUCUCACGCUCGUCGCGGCGGGGACGCGCAUGACAUCGUGGAAGGUCGUUCAUGACGCCGUCACGGUUUACGCCCACCGAUCGUUUGACCUGCGCGCGGGUGCUCCUGUACACUUGCUUGCUGCCGCCGCAGACGGUCGCUACAUCGCGACGGGCGCCACAGCGCACUCUCGCCUUCUCAAGGUCUGGUGCAUGGACGCUUGGCCGUCCGAGACCGCUGCGCCACCGUGCGUCUUCUUGGGCCAUGCUCGCGCCGUCCGCUCCAUGGAAUGGCUCGACGCGAGGGCCCAAGGAGGGGACAACGCGUCGUUGCUCACACUCGACAUGCGCGGCCAGCUGACACUGUGGCGAGAAGACUUGAACGCAAGCCCAUUCGCAUUUCUUCAGACGCUGGCGAUCGAUACGACGGCGAUCCUCUCGCAGUAUUCGUCGGUCAACCUCAUCGCGUGCGGGCUCGUGGCGCGAUCCAAGCCGCGCCCGCUUGUACGGACCACGCUCGCCGACGGGCUCUGCUUUUGGGAGCUCGCGCCCAAGACCGAGUCCAAGCACCUGGUGUACGACGCCAGCAUGGACCAACGCGGCGUCGGUCAAGCGACGGGCUUCUUCUUCCGAUCCGGCGCCACGGCCGACACGCACCAAGGUGAAAAGUUCAUUCCUGGCAACGUUGCCUUGCACAAGCACGCUGCCACGUACGUCCUCUACGGCGUCCUCGACAAUGGCGACGUGUGUGUUUGGCGCCUCGACGCCGUCUCGCUCCUGAAUGCGACGCCACGGAGCACUUUGCUCGGAACGUUCUCGGGGCUGCGCACGCUCUUUCGGUCCGCAACGCUGUACGACGUCUCGUGGCUUCCUACCGCGCAUGAUGCGAGCGCUCCGGUUGUCGAUAUUCUGUUGCAGUCGAUGCCGAUCGGCGAGCUACAGCGCAUCCAGCUACGCGUUGCCGGAGCACUCGACCUCGUUUCCGUGACGGAUGUCUACCCCAGCAUGGCGUCCCAUGCCCCGAUUGCCGCGGUUGUGGCGUCGUCGACGUCGACUCUCGGGCUCGUCGACGCCAACGAGACGCUCUUUGUACUGAGCGACGAUGCGACCCUUGCAAAGCUCGCCCACCAGCAUCUUGAACUGACGCACACGCGGUUUCGAUCGACAAACUCGGUCGUCACGGCCGUCGCUCUCCUCGACGCCGACCUCAUUCUGUGUGCGACGGCCAACAGCGAGAUCCUCGCCCUCUGCGGCUACGACAAUCAUACUAAGGCCAAUAUCCUCACGCUUGCAACGACAGCGUCUACCCUGCGUCGUCUCGUCGUGCUGCCCACGACGCUCCUCGGCCUCGGUGACGACGGCAGCGUGUAUGUUUGGAUGUUUUCUCGGUCGCCGCUGCUGCUCACAGACGCCUCCGUGUGGGCGACAGACUGCACGGCGGUGGUGUUCAUGGAGCAAUAUGCCUUGGGCGCCGGUGCCUUUCUCCUCACGGUCUCGGCGCCGUGCACGCUUGCUACGUGGUCGGUCGCCACGGGCGCCGUCUUGCACCGCUUUGCCUUGAGCAAAUGCGUCUUCCAGCGUCUUGCACAGCGCGUCGACGGCACGUUUGCGCUCCUUCUCGACGACGAGAGCGACCCAGCGAGAGUGCGCGCGGGCGACAGCCGCACCGUCUGCGUGCACACACCGUACGAUGCGGUCGCGACGUCAAAGUGGACAGUCGACGCACGGACGAGCGCGAUCGCGUGGCUUCAGGACGCAUUCGUGCUCUGCCUCGCGCGCGGCGUCCAGCUGACGCUCUACAACGGUCCGACCGUGCUCUGGACGAUGGACAUGGCGCUGCCGCCGGCGACAACCCUACUUCUCCACGAUAGCGCACUGUACAUGAGCCGAGGUGCGCUACUGACACGGGCCGUCGUCUUGCCCCAAGAGCGUGCAUCGCCAAGUGUAUGGCCGCCGCUACUGCUGUUUCAGCUGCUUCGGCGCGGCGCCUUCAAAGCACUGCGGCGCUUCUUGGAGGCGCUCAAGGUAUCAAUCGAAGCGUACGAAGAGACGUGCUACGUCAACAUGCACGCGACGCCCGUGUAUGUGCCGCCGCGCCUCACGUGGGCUCGCAUCAUGCUCGACCCGGCCUCGGGCAGGGAAGAUCUCUGGACACCGAGCGGGGCGAGUCGGUCGUCGGCGCCAAAGGACUGCGCCGCGCUCUUGUUUGCCCCGCGCGUGCCGCUGAAAACGACGCCAGCUCGCGAGAGCACGGUCGACUACGAGGCGUUCUUCACGCCCGCGCGCGUGGCAUUGCUCGGCAUUCCCGAUCCCAAGACGCUCACGUCGCUCACGGCCAUGCUGCACGUCGUUGAUGACGUCGAGGAUGUUCCUGGCAUGAAGUUUGCGCUGGCCUUGCGCUGGCGCGAAGAGGCGUACGCUGGCUUGAGCGCCGAGGCGCUGCUCUGGGCGCGGCUCUCGAAAAUGGACUUCUUGACCGCGUUGCCGUGGCUUUCGCCGACCAAGUGGACGUGGACCGAGAUGCGCGAUCUCCGCUUGCCCUUUUGGCUCGACGACUUAGCCAAAUUGCGCGAGAAGACCGAGCAGGUCGCGCAGUCGGCGUAUGCAGCCUCCAAAGAUCCGUUCGACGUCGCGCUCUACUACGUGCUGCUGGGCAAAACGCGGCUCCUUGCUGGCCUCUUCCGGCUCGCCAAAGAAAACAAGAUCGCCGACCUCCUCACCAACGACUUUGACGACGACCGGUGGCGCACGGCGGCCAUCAAGAAUGCAUUUGUGCUCAAAUCCAAGGGCCGGUACAUGCUGGCGGCCACCUUCUUCCUUCUUGGCAGCAAGAUUUACGAAGCCGCCGCGAUGGCCGAAGCGGCCGACCCGACGCUCGUGCUCUCACUUCUGAUUUGCAAGCUUGCUGAAGCCGACGCGCGCGGUCCGAUCACGACCCAAGUGCUCAACAACAUGGUGCUCUCGCGCGCCAAAGCGUGCGGGGACGUGUACUUGGAGGCGCUGGCGCAGCUGCUACUCACCGGCGAGUUUCCGUACAUGACGUUGUUGACGCCGCCGACCACCGCGAUGCGCUGCGGCUUUGACACGACGUCGACCAUGUACUGGCGCGACAUGAACCAGUCGUUGUACGCUGCCUGUGCCCUCGUGCGCUACGAUUUUACACGGCGCGUCUACAGCGACGCCGACACGCAGCUUGUUGUUGCCCUGCACGUCAAGGCAGCGUCGCGCCUCUUGGCGCAAGGCCUCACGCGGUCCGCGUACCGCUGUUGCAGCGACCUCUCAGAGAGCUUUGGGAGCCUUGCAAUUCCAGAGAUGGCGUCCGUCAUGCUGCAGCACACAAAGGUUGCCAACGUCACGAGCCAGCUCGCCGCGGUCUCGGAGCGCCUCGUCGUUGCAACCACCGCCUCGUUCGAGACCAAGGACGCUAGCGAGCUCGGUCCGCUGCUCAUCAACCUGCAGGAGGAGCUCGACGCGUUUGCGAGUGUGCGCCUACUCGACAUUGACGACCACCUUCGACAAGACCUCCCGCUCAUUCACGUGUUGGCCACGCAUGUGACUGGCACGGCCCGCAGCGUGACUGCACCGCUGCAAGCGUUUUUAAACACAGUGCUCGCGGGUGGCGCGCCGUGGGCUGCGCUUCGGGGUGCGAUCGUCUGGACGCAGUACUUGCACAUUGUGUUUGCGCUUGGUAUCGAGCCCGACUCGAGCACGAUCCGGCUUGCGUCGACGUGUAUCUACAGCGCGCUCUGCCUCGCGCUCCGUGUCGCGACAAUAAGCCUCGAGCGGUGCUGUGUCGGUCGGCUGGUCCACGUCCUCUUUCCGCAAAAGGAGCUCCACGAGAUGCCCAGCGACAAGUGCUACACGUGCCACGUGUGGCAGCCGAAGAAGGCGCCUGCGUCCUUGCGCCACGACCUUCCGACGCUCCAUGCCGUGCUGCAGCAGCUCGUGAGCCUUCAGCCAAAGUGGCCACCGCCCAAGGCCGCGACCCUCCACUCGGACGCGUGCGCGUGCAGCCGCCUCUUUCUGGCGGCCGCGUACCACUGCAUGGCCGUGCACGCAGCGCGGAUUCUGGGCGACCCUGACGACGUCUUGAGUCGACAGUGGACGAUGUGGGCGGCAAGCUCUCCCCGCGUGAUCGCUCCUUGCAGCGACGCUGCGGAGGGGCACUGCCCGUGGCGCCAUUUGAUGCUGCAGCUGGCACCGUCAAUUGGCCACAACAACGCAGCCCAGGACAACAUGACGACGACGAGCGGCAUGGAGCUGCCAUCGCCGAGCUCGAUUGAGGUCAUCUACAAGAGCCAAGUGCCCGGCGAGUCGGUCAAAAGCAUGUGCUUCAACCCCGAGCAGCGCAGCACGGUCGUGCACUGCAACGGCCGGUUCAUUUACCGCUCGACAGCCAAGAAGCCGCGUCGCGACGCGCCACCCAGCGACCUCUCGAGCCUCUGCCAGCUUCAAGUCAACACGCGGUUCUCGCCGCCGCCAGCGUUUGCAAACGAGAUGGAGGUGUCGCCCAAGACGACGCCCGCCAAUCCGCUGUCGCCGACGCCCGACAGCCGGUCGACGAGCUACCGCCCGAUUGCGCUCACGGCGCACCCGUCGCUCUCGGUGUUUUGCGCGGGCACGACCAAAGGCGUCGUGGAUCUCUGGCGCUUUGACAACCCGACAGCGCCGCUCGGCAGCUUUGAGCACCACGUCCCGACGCUCAAUCCGCUGACGCAGCUGGCUGCGCCGCGCCGUGACGUCCACCGCAUUCGGUUUGAGAACAGCGGCCACACCCUUGGCGCGUGCGACAACGUCGGGUUUGUCUACCUCUGGAACUUUUCGAGCUCGGGCGCGACGGGGUGCUACGCGCACCUCCAGUGCCACAACCGAGGGACGCGCGACUUUACGUUUCUCAACGCCUCGAGCUGCCUCGCGUCCGUGGGAGCGUCGACCAAAAAAAAGAGUCUCUGCUUGUGGGACACGCUCCUGCCGCCGCAAAAAGCGCUGAUUUCCGCGCCCUUGUGCCACCCGCUGGGCGCGACUGCUGUCGUGUUCUCUUCGCGCCACCAGCUGCUCAUCUCGGGCGGCGAAAGCGGCGGGCUCAGCGUCUUUGACGUGCGUCGGCAGCGCAUGCUGCAUACGGUCUCGGCCGCCCACGACAGCGCGAUUACAACGCUUGUCCUGCACCCGCGCGGCCACUCGGUGCUCUCUGGCUCGGCCACGGGCGACAUCAAGAUUUGGGCGCUGCCGCUCUUUCGGGAGCUCGCAUCGUGGCUCACGGGCAAGGCCAAGCCGGUGGUCGCCACGUUCCUGGGCGACACGACCUCGGCCUUUGUGGCGCCGACCAUCACGGGCGUCACGGACGCGUUUGCGACCGACGACUUCUUCUACACGAGCCACUCAGACGGCUCAAUCCAGCGCUGUCAAGUCCCCACCUUGCUCGACUAGACGUCCUUGCUAGUAGAACAACAUGGGCCUUCUCGUAAGAUCGAAAGCAACAAGCCAGAGAUGUGCAUCCUACAA